AUGGCUGUUACUGUUAUUGUCGUUAUUGCCAUUGUAAUUGCAGUUGUUGUUGUUGUUGUUGUUGUUGUUGUUGUUGUUGUUGUUGUUGCUACGGCCGAUAUCGUCGUUAUG